AUGCGAGUCGAAGGCGCUUUUGCAAAGGUCAAGGAACUUAAUCCUUAUGACCUGGGAUCGGAUCAAGUGCGCUUCUUACAUAGGUUUGAGAAAAGACUGGAGGAAGGAAGGGGAAGUAUGUUGGCGCAGGCAUGUCUAAGGGAGAUGAGGGAAAGGGUGGAAAAAGGGAAGGAAUUGUCAAAAUGGGAGAGGGAGAGGGUACAAUUUUUCAAAGAUAGAGGUGUGGAGAUAGAGGAGUGGGAUAGACAGAGUAGAGAGGGAGAGAUGGAUAUCGAGGAAUUGGAGAGAAUGGAUAGGGAAAGACAGAAAGAGGAAAGAUGGGGAAGAAUAGAGGAAGGAAAAUUUAGUAGGUGGUAUAGGGGUGUGAAAGGAGAGGGAAUUCCAAAGUACUUGGAGAAGGGAUGGGGGGAGAACCAUCAUCCCUUGUUAGUAAAGCUGAAAGAAGGGAGAGGAAGAAGAGGAAUAGCAGAGGGAAGGAAUAAAAAGAUAUAUAGAGGGAGCUGGGAUGAGAGGGGAAGGGAACAGUUUCGGACGGAAUUAAGAGGAGUGGUAGGAACGGAGGGAAACGUGCAGGAAGUGACGGAGUGUAUGGGAGCAAGGAUUAGAAGAGCGCUGGAGAGGAUAGAGAAAGAAAAAGAAGGAGAUAGGAAAGAGGGAAAAGGAUGGUGGGAUAAGGAGUGUAGAGAAAAGAAGAGACAAGUUAGGAGAGCAUUGAGAGCGUGGAGGGGAGUAGGAGAAGGAGAUCAAACGUAUAAAAGAGAAAAAAGAGAGUACAAGGAGUUGUGUGAAAGGAAAAAAGAGGAGGAGAAUGGUAGAUGGGAGAGAAAGGCGGAGGAGGCCAGAACGGAGGGGCAAGUACGGGAGAUUGUGAACAGGGAAAGAAAAAAAUGGAAAGGGAUUAAUAAGGAUAUAGGAAUGAAUGAAUGGGAAGAAUAUUUUCGGAAUUUACUAGGAGGAGUAGAGAGUAGGGUAGUUAAGGGGGAGGGAAGGGGAGGAAGAAUGGAAGAGGAAAGUGUGCUGGGAAAAGAGGAAAUUGCGAGUGUGUUGGGAAGGAUAAAGGAAGGGAAAGCAAUGGGGGUGGAUGGAGUGCCAGGGGAAGUAUGGAAGUAUGGAGGGGAGGAGGUGAAGGAAUGGGUAUGGAGAAUGUGUAACAAGAUAUGGAGAGGGGAGGGAUGGCCAGAGGAAUGGAAGGAAGGGGUUGUGGUGCCGAUUAGGAAGAAAGGAAGAGGGGAGGUAGUGGAGGAGUAUAGGGGGGUCACAGUAAUGCCAUCGUUGUAUAAGGUAUAUGCGACGGUGUUUGGCGGAGAGACUGAGGAAAGGGAGGUUAAGGUGGAGGAAGUGAGAAGGGUAGAGGCAGGCAGAAGGGAAAAAGGAAGCAUGUUGGUGGUAAAAGUACAGAGUGAGUGGAUGAAAAGAAAUAUUCUGAUGAACAAGUGGAAACUGAAAGGAAGGGAGGUAUGGAUAGAAGAGGAUUUAACGUGGGAAGAAAGAAGGAUAAAAUGGAAAAUUGGACAGGUGGCACUAAAGGAGAAGUUAAAGGGGAAAAAGAUACGAGUAGGUCAACAAGGGAUAUGGAUAGAGGAAACGUGGUGGCGAUGGGAUGAGGGAAGGGACGAGUUAACGGAGGAUAGGAAAGGAGGUUGGGGACGGAGAGGGGAAAUGGCAAAAAAGGAAGGAGCGAAGGGGGAGAAGAGAGUGCAAGGGGAAAUGGAGGAGUACCUGAAAAUGGCCAAUAUCUUGAACAUUGGAAGUGAACCAAUCUUUGAUGACAGCAUCGUCAAGAUUGAGACUCACACGUACAAUCCGUACGCCAACGCCACGUUUGGAUACAGCAAUGAAAUACGAAUUCCCAUACUACAGUAA